AGAGGCGUUCCCGUGCCCGGAGUUUUGGAGGGCUGGCUGUGAGCUGCUCAUCGGUCCGACACGCCGAGGUGUAUUGAAGUCUGCACCGAACAUGGACUCAGCCGCCGAAGUUAAGGGGCCGCGUUUUCACUCCCGGUACCUCACAGCUGAACUACAACGCGUGUUUGCUGAAGACACCGAAUCUGACAGCGAUGUGUUUGAGGGGUUCACACAAAGCGAAGUAGAUAUGCAGAACAAAAUGGUGUUGACUGAAAGUGAUGAAGAUAGUGACGUCGUCGUGCUGUCAGACAGCGAAGAAGCACCCUCUCCCCCUAAAAGGCGAAGCUUUGGCCUUCGUGUCGCUCUACAGUUUCCCAACAAGAAAUGUGUAAACAAAACCAAAAAGAAGUCCAACACACCUCUUGUAAAACCUGGAAGACAGGAGGAGGAGGAGGAAAAAGCACCUGCCCUAGGGAAGAAUUUGCAGCGAGGCACCAAAAGGAAAGUAACCCCUACAUCUCAUUCAGAGACAGCGAAUGGCAAGACCAACAAGGAAAGCUCUAGUGCACUUCUGAAAAGAGCAAUGAACAUUAAGGAAAACAAGGCCGUGCUUGCCCAGCUCCUUGCAGAACUGAAUUCGAUGCCUGAACUGUUCCCUAUGAAAACAACACCUGCAACGCCCUCUAAAGCAAAAAAGACUCCUCGCAGGACGUUCUCCGAGGGUCAGAUGGAACGGCGUACCAACCCGACCAGAAACGCACGUCCUCCGGAGAACUUUGCUUUGGAAAACUUUACUUUAUCUGCUGUGAAAUUUGCUGAACACCUUCAGAACUGCAGAAAGGGAACUUUCUUGAAACGUACACUGAGUGAGGAGGAAAGGGAAGAGUAUCGGAGGAAGAGAAGAUCGUCAAAAUAUACCACAGUUCGCUCUGUAGAAGAUAUUACAGAAGAGGAGUUGGACAACGUUGCUAUUACAGUCAAAGAUAAGAUUUAUGACAAAAUUAUGGGAAGUACUUGCCAUCAGUGUCGACAAAAAACCAUUGACACUAAAACGGUUUGUCGAAAUCUAGGCUGUGGCGGAGUCAGGGGUCAGUUUUGUGGGCCCUGUUUACGGAACCGCUACGGUGAAGAUGUGAGGACAGCUCUUCUAGACCCUGAUUGGAUAUGCCCGCCUUGCCGACUGAUUUGUAACUGCAGCUACUGCCGCAAACGAGAUGGUCGUUGUGCUACAGGAAUGCUCAUUCAUUUGGCUAAAUUUUAUGGUCAUGACAAUGUCAAGGAAUAUCUUGAAAGCUUACAGAAGAAUAUCAUGGAAGAUGAUUAAGUAUGAACAGUUGGAGGAAUAUAAUACGUUUCAGGAGCUAAGGGAUAAAGCCACGCAUCCAAAUACAGCUUGUGUUUAGGUCUG